AUGGCCAACGGAGCGGCUGCCCCCGUUGAGGGCGCGCAUCAGGAUACGAGCAACGCCGGAGAUUCGGGCUACAAGAUGCUGCUGCCGCUACUACCAAGUGGCAGCAGGCUUGAGAAGACCGUUUUCCUGCAUGGGGACCCCAGAGGACGCCCCUACCGCACUCAGGACUUUGCCGAUAUGUUGCAGUCGACUGUUGGAAUGAAGCACGUGGUUGGGCUGGGCGCCUUCCAGUUCAACCACGUGUUUGUGUGCACCCUGAACUCAACAGACGCUAAGGACAAGCUGACCGCGCUGAAGGAUGUCAAGGUGAAAGGCCGGAAAUGCGUCGUGGUCGACCCGAACUUCACGGAGGUGGUGCUGCGGGUUCACUGGCUCCCCACCUACGUGACAGAUAGGGAGGUCAGCGCCGCCUUCGCGGAGUUUGGGGUCGUCGAAGAGAUCACCAGGGAGAUGUGGAAGUCGCCGACCGACGACUACGAAGUCGAAACAUCUACGCGGUCCGUAAGGAUCAUCCUGAAGAAAGGGGGCCGAAGGGAUGAGCUGCCGCACCAGGGACACGUGGCCGACUAUCCCGUGCUCAUCUCCGUGCCCGGCCGGCCUCCCAUGUGCCUCCGGUGCAACCAGCUGGGGCAUAUGCGAAGGCAAUGCAGGGCGCCGUGGUGUCGCGGCUGCAGGGGCUACGGACACGUCGAGGCCGACUGUGUCCCAACGUACGCCUCCAAGACGAGGCACGAGCCACUGCGCGAGCGGCACCAGGAGCUGCUGGACGACGGCGACACGGAGGGGGCCGCAGUAGUCGAGGUAAACGAAGCACAUCCGACUCCGGAGCUGCAGACUCUACGCGAGAUCGUGGACCCUUCGGCAGCCGUCCCCUCGGCUGACAUUCGCGGGGGACCACCGAACGAAGACGACACCGACUCGGGCCCUUCGGUGGGGGAGCCCGACCCGGUGUCGGCGGAGAGGGCUGCCGCGGCGGCUUCCAUCUCCGAGCCCACGAUGCCCACGGCUUCGCGGGAAGAAGCGGAGGAGGCCACUCCGCCAGCGCCGACAGCCGCUCCGGGGAAAGCUCCCCCGCCGGAGCCCAACGCAGGUGCGCCUCUCAAGGACACGGGCAAGGCAACACGACAGAGUGCGCGUAAAAAGUACAAAGACCUUCCCGAAAUCCCAGCCUCGCGUCCCGUCGAAACGGAUCGGUCUUCACUGAAGAAUGUGCGAGGAAACCCGGCACUUUCCAUAAUUUGGGUGAGAGUUAUCUUUCCUCAACUCUGUCUUUUCGAUUUUUACUCGGUAGUUGUGCUUCGUUGGUUUUCUUUUCGUUCUCUUUUCUUAGUUGUUGUGUUUGUACCUUUCAUCUCGUCUUAUCACGUCUACAUUUGUACUGUUGGUCUUGGCUGCUUCUUUGUGUUCUGUUUAUAUACAAUAAUUUUAAAUGAAGUGUUUAAAAAUAGCAACCUUUAA